AUGGUUCUAGCUUUGAUAGUGGUUGCGGCUAUAAUAAAUAUUAUCGCCAAAAAUAAUAAUUAUUAUAUUAAAGCACCAACAGAUUCGGAUUUUGAUAUUCGUGUGAAGAGAUGUGCGAGUGUUGAAUGUGCGACCAAAAACCAAAUUCAAUUUAUUAAAAAAAAUGAAGAUCUAUUAGAAAAUAUUGAAAAAUUCGAAGAAAAUCAUGUCGAAGAAGUACUUGAAAAGAUAAAAAUUGGAUUACGAGACGAAUAUAUGACAAAUAAAGCAACAAUCAAUAGAAAUAAAGAUGAUGUGAGUGCUUCACCAACGUUAGUGAGACGUACAAAUUUGAAUGAUUUUAAACAUAUUUUAAACUUAGCAAACAAACAAAUAAGUAAUAGGAAAAAUACUGACGAUUUCAAUGGGUUAAAUGAAAAAUUAGUAAAUAAAAUCGAUUAUGCUGUAAAGAGAUUGGUAUUAAAAUUGGAGAAAGCUAACAACAAUGAAAACAAAACAAUUUUAUCAGAGAUACUUUUGAAAGAAUAUUCAAAAGAUAAAUAUACAAAUAUAUUUAAAAAAGAUGACGAAAGAUAUAAAAGAAAAGCAUCGCUAGAUGGAUAUUUUACUAGUUUAUAUAAUAAUAUAUAUAGCUGGUUUUGGACGAAAAAUUCAACAGAUAAACAAACUGAACAUUUUAAUAAUAAUGCUAAUAACUAUUCAUACAAUGACUACUACAACCAAUCGAGAAACAACCGAGAUUUAAGAUACCAAGAAUACACAUAUAGCCCGAGCUACAACCAAAACUAUGCAACCAAUAACGAUUUGCGUAACAACUAUCACAAUGGUUAUUAUUAUCCAGUCAAUAACAAUACUGGUUUAUAUGAUCCAGCUUAUAAUCUUGGAUAUAGUCCCUAUAAUUAUAAUAACGGAUAUAAUAAUCAACUUAAUUAUAAAUAUUGGAAUGAUCUAAACUCUAGUAAGAAUCAUACCAGGUACAAUAAUAAUCCGACUGGUUACAACCAUAAUCCGACUGAUAAUAGUUUAUUAAAUGGUUAUACAAAUAACAUAGCAAAUAUUAAGGAAGUGAAUGCCAAUAACACAACCACAGAGGAAACUAUAAUUAUUGAAGGUUGUGUUUUGUGUGGUUCUUUUGGUUGUCCAACGAAUUUUAAGAGGAUUGGAUUUAAAUGUGUUCCAAAA